AUGUCCUGGGUCCCUCCCACACAUAUGUCAUAUCUUAUAUAUAAAGCUGAAUGUCUGUUUGUAUGUCUAAGUACGAUUAUGUAUUUGUACCCUUUUCCGCACCACUGGGGAUAUAGUGAAGAAAACGGUCCGGAUACAUGGCCAGAGACAUGCCUCGAAGGAAUUCGACAGAGCCCUAUAGAUAUCCGUGCCUCAGAUGUCGAUUUCGCUUAUCUGGAUAAGAUGAUCUUCACUAAUUAUGAUAAGACUGGCCCAGUCAGCAUUCGAAAUAAUGGCCACUCAGUAACGGUAGAAGGCUUUGAGGAUUGGAAUGAGAACGAGCCCUACAUUGAAGGAGGAGGGCUGAAGUACAGAUAUCGUCUGGCCAAAUUCCACUUUCACUGGUCUCAAAACGCCUUCGGUUCUGAGCAUGCAAUUGGUGGUCUUCGUUAUCCUGGAGAACUUCAUCUGGUGCACUUCCGGGAUGACUUGACGGAAUCACAAGCAGCCGCAACACUAGGCGGCAUUGCCGUCCUGGGUGUUUUCCUGUUAGUCGGGAAUGAUACUACACCAACAGCAGCAGUUUCAUCGGCUUUGAAUGAUGUCAUAUAUCCUGGAAACUCAACUACCAUCGAGAAUUUCUGUCUACAAUCACUCUUGCCGGAGAACAUCGACUCAUUUUUCCGCUAUGACGGUAGCCUGACCACACCAGGAUGCAACGAAGUUGUCACUUGGACGGUCUUCGCAGAGCCUAUCACUAUUGCACCACUGCAAAUGAAAGAAUUUCAAGAGGUCCAUUCGGACGAAGAAACUCGCUUGGAAACCAAUUGUCGUCCAGUGCAGCCUCUGAACGGAAGACGAAUUCUGUUUAGAACCUCGAAAGGCGAGGAUGAGCAUGACAAUGGACGAAGUGCUUCUGGAGCUUUCAGUAUAUCGGUGGUAACGACUCUCAUGUAUAUAUCUCUUGCAAGAGCUCUCAGUUAGCGAGAGGAAUGUGCAAGUCGAAUUAUUCUUUUGUAUAAAGAAGAGAGAAUUUUUAACGAUUGUUAUUUGUUCGAAUAAAUAUUUGUUCACGA